CACUUUAAAAAAUGAGCAUGGUUCUGAGGCAGUCCCACAGAUACCAACCCAGGAAUCUCCCAGAAAAAGAGUUGGAAGAAUCUGAGGUUUUCCGGAAACGAGUUCCAAGGGUCUUAUGGGAAAUGUAGUCUUGGAUGGAUAUAGCCUGUACCCUGGGGGAGCCUGGGAACUCUAGUUGGGCAGUUACUUCCGCACACGCGCAAUGGGGCGGUAGUCAGUAGUCUGUAUGUAAUUAUUCAACCUGUGUCCUCUGUGGGCGUUGCUCCCGAGUCUCUGGGCGAUAGAUUUCUGUACACCGAGCUGACUUUGAGUCAGAGCUGGGAGCUUGGCGGUGAAAGGCUGACAGCCUCUCUAGGGCCCCAGCAGUGCUGGGUGGAAUUUGAAAAGGAUUGCAGCCAUAGGGAGGCUACACCCAUAGGAGAUGUUUCAGAGCAGAGACCAGAGGAUCAGAGGAAGGAAUGAUUUCCAGAGAUACCGGGCUUCAGAGACCAGGCUUUUAUCAGAGAUAUCCGCGCAAGAGUUGCAGAAAAUGAUCAACUUCCAGGGAUCAUUGACAUUCCAGGAUGUGGCUGUGGACUUCACCUCAGAGGAGUGGCAGCUGCUUGACUGUGAUCAGAGAACCUUGUAUUGGGAUGUGAUGUUGGAGAACUUUAGAAACCUCGUCUCGUUGGGGGCUCCAGUUACCAAACCAAAAGCGGUCUUCAAGGUGGAGCAAGGACCAGAGCUGCAGGUGGUGGAGGGAGAGAGCCCACACUGGAGCCACCUGGUGAAGAAUAAUGAGUGGCCUGCUGCUUUGCCACCUCGAAAUCACCCUGAAGCUGACUGCCCAUUUGUUGAUGAGUCAGAGAAGCACCAAGAAAACAAAGACAAUUUUUUGAAUUCAGUUUUGUUUAUGUUCAAUAAAAUUCUGACUAUGGAGAGACUCCUUGGUUAUAAUAUGAACACAUGUCAUAUUGGAAAAAAUCAUAUAAAUGCAGGAAAAAUAUUAUGUAAAUGCAAAUCAUAUGGGAAGAGUUUGCAACCUACUUUAGGCUUACUUAGUUAUAACAGAUAUUAUAAUGGAGAAAACUCUUAUCAAUGCAAGGACUGUGGGAAAGUCUUCAAAAACAAUUUUCAUUUAAUUAGACAUGAAAAAAAUCAUACAAGAAGAAAACCCUUUGAAUGCAACGACUGUGGGAAAGCCUAUAGCAGGAAGGCACACCUUGCAACUCAUCAGAAAGUUCAUAAUGGAGAGAGACCCUUUGUGUGCAGUGACUGUGGGAAAGCCUUUGUGCAUAAAGCACAGCUCAUGGUGCACCAGAGACUUCACACUGGAGAGAAACCUUAUGAAUGCAGUCAGUGUGGGAAAUCAUUCACGUGGAACUCCUCCUUCACUCAACAUGUGAAAUCUCAUACACUGGAGAACUCAUUUGAAUGUAAGGAAUGUGGGAAAACCUUCAGGUAUAGUUCAUCCCUUUAUAAACAUUCUCGGUUUCAUACUGGAGAGAAACCAUACCAAUGUAUUGUAUGUGGCAAAGCCUUUGGCAACACAUCUGUGCUUGUUACACAUCAAAGAAUUCACACGGGAGAAAAGCCUUAUGGAUGUAUUGAAUGUGGCAAAGCCUUCAUCAAGAAGUCUCAUCUCCUUAGACAUCAGAUAACUCAUACAGGAGAAAAGCCCUAUGAAUGUAACAAAUGUGGGAAAGCGUUUUCCCAGAAGUCAAAUCUUAUUGUACAUCAAAGAAUUCAUACGUAGUAUUCACUUUAUGAAUAUGAGAAAGCCUUAGAUAUUAAAUAAAUCUUACUAAAUAACAGAGAUGUCAUGGUGAGGAGAAAUGAAAGAACUAGAAUGAAUCUGGAAGAAGUAGGUUUCCAUAAAGAGAUAAUCAAUUCCUAUCACGUUCUGGAAGUGAUGAUAAAGCUUUUACAAGAAAAGAUCACAGAAAACAUUGAAUUAUAAAUAAUAGAACUUGGAAAGUAAGCAUCAGUUAAAUAAUUGAGGAAUCAGUGAAGACUUCAUUUACCAUCCCUGAGUUUUUUUAUUUUUAUAAGAAAUUCUACAAUUAUGUAAGUGUGGGAAUAAACUAUAUUUAUUCACGAUAUUAAAUGAUACCUAUUGAAUUUCUGCAGUAAAUAUCACCAUUUUUCCCCAAUCUUAACAAUAACAUGCAAAGGGGGAAAAUGGUUUAAUAUGCAGUAUGAAGUUCAGUAAUAUUUUUAUUCAUUUGCUGGCACUUUUUAAAAAAUAAUGUUUUUAAAGAUUUUAUUUUAUUUUUUAGAGAGGGGA